CGGUCCCCGAGGCUAAAACCGUCGCUGCCGCCGCCCGGACCGGAGCCCGCUGAGCCGUCCCGACCCGCUCCGAGCUCAGCCGACCCGAGCCGUGCCAAGCCUGCCAGUGAGUGCCGAGCCGUGCCUGUCGCAAUGGCUGAUGAGCUUGGUGAGCUGCUGCGAGAGUUUGAGGAGGUGAUGGAGGACUUUGAGAGGGGCCCUGCCUGUCAGUAUGAGCAGCACCUGCAGGAGCUGAAGAAGAAAGCAGGGCACAGUGUCUACGACAGUGGCAUCGACGAGCUGGAGAGUACCAGCACAUCCCCAGGCAGCAGUCUCAACUCCAGUGAGGAGGACCUCAACACCCCUGCCAACACCUACCCCACCAAAGCCAAGCUUGGAGACACGCAGGAGCUGGAGGAGUUCAUUGCAGACCUGGAUAAAGCCCUGGAGGAGAUGUGAGAAGUGUUCCU